ACUGAGCAAUCAAAAGGGUUGGUUUGAAGCAAUCCAGUGGAAGCUUUUAAAAUUCACUCACAAAUAAAUGAUUUGGGGCUAAAAAAAAUUUCCCAUCAUUUUGGCUUCCCACUCACAAGGACUAUCACUUUCACUCUAUCUAUCGGUGAAAGCUCACAGAGAUGGAGGAAGGGGUGGAUGCAGAUGAGGUGGUGCGGUCAGCGAGCAGCUUGAGGAUGAGCAUAGGAUCUCUGAGCAGAAGAAGCUGGGUGUCAGCUGGUGUUUCUGAGGUGUGGGGUGCUGGACAUGGCGGUGAUGUCUUUGACAGAAGCACAAGAGUGGAUCAUCACGACGAUGAUGAAGAAGAGCUCAAGUGGGCAGCCAUAGAGAGGCUUCCAACAUUUGAAAGGGUAAGGAAAAGCCUCGUCAAAAGGGUCUUAGAAGAGACCGGAACCUUCGAUUAUGAAGAGGUCGAUAUAUCCAACCUAGGUUUUCAGAACAAGAAGAAACUCCUCCAUGCCAUUCUGACCACCGUUGAACAAGACAACGAGAGGUUUCUCCGUCGCAUGAGGGAGAGGAUUGAUAGGGUGGGUAUAGAGAUUCCAAAAGUUGAAGUCCGAUUUGAAGAUUUGUUUGUGGAAGGAGAUGCAUUUAAUGGAAGCAGAGCACUGCCAACCUUGGUGAACUCCACCAUGAAUGUCAUGGAGAGAGUUCUUGAAUCAGUUAAUCUUCUUCCAUCAAAGAAAAAAGUUAUCAAGAUACUCCAAGGUGUUAGUGGAAUUGUCAAGCCUGCAAGAUUGACCUUGCUUUUGGGGCCCCCAAGAUCAGGAAAAACUACACUGUUGCAAGCACUUGCUGGGAAACUGGACAGGGAUUUAAGGGUUUCCGGAAGAGUCACUUACUGUGGUCAUGAGUUAUCAGAAUUUGUUCCUCAAAGAACAUGUGCUUAUAUUAGUCAGCAUAAUGUUCAUCAUGGAGAGAUGACAGUAAGAGAAACGCUGGAUUUUUCUGGACGCUGCUUGGGAGUUGGAACACGGCAUGAGCUACUACUAGAAUUGAUAAAGCGAGAAAAACAGGCCGGAUUUAAACCAGAUCCAGAGAUAGAUGCCUUCAUGAAAGCCACAGCAGUGGAAGGUCAAGAAACAAGUCUCAUUACAGAUUAUGUUCUCAAGGUUCUUGGAUUGGAAAUAUGUGCUGAUACUUUGGUGGGAGAUGAGAUGAGGAGGGGAAUAUCUGGUGGAGAGAAAAAGAGGUUAACUACUGGUGAGAUGUUGGUGGGACCUGCAAAAGUGUUCUUAAUGGAUGAGAUUUCAACUGGAUUGGAUAGUUCCACAACCUUCCAAAUAGUCAAGUUCUUGAAGCAGUUAGUGCAUGUCAUGGAUGUAACAAUGAUAAUCUCUCUUUUACAGCCUGCACCAGAAGCAUUUAACCUUUUUGAUGACAUAAUCUUGCUUUCAGAAGGUCACAUUGUCUAUCAAGGUCCACGUGAGAGUGUUCUCAGCUUUUUCGAGAGUGUGGGCUUCAAAUGCCCGGAAAGGAAAGGUGUUGCAGACUUCUUACAGGAGGUUACUUCCAGAAAGGACCAAGAGCAAUACUGGUUCGCAAGGGACAAGCCUUACCAUUAUGUCAGCGUUCCUGAGUUUGUAGCUCACUUCAACAAUUUUGGCAUUGGCCAACAACUUUCCCAAGAACUUCAGGUUCCUUAUGACCGUGCCAAAACUCACCCAGCUGCUUUGGUUAAAGAUAAAUAUGGGAUCUCAAAACUAGAACUCUUGAAGGCAUGCUUUGCAAGAGAGUGGCUACUGAUGAAGCGCAGUGCUUUUCUAUACAUAUUUAAAACUACUCAGAUUACGAUAAUGUCAUUGAUUACUAUGACAGUGUUUUUUAGGACACAGAUGAGAAGUGGUCACCUUGAGGAUGGGGGAAAAUACUAUGGUGCACUGUUCUUUAGCCUCACAAACAUAAUGUUCAAUGGAAUGGCUGAGCUUGCAAUGACUAUUUUUAGACUUCCGGUUUUCUUCAAGCAAAGAGAUUCACUGUUUUAUCCAGCAUGGGCUUUUGCACUUCCCAUAUGGAUCUUUCGAAUUCCUCUCUCUAUUGUAGAGUCCGGAUUAUGGGUUGUCCUUACUUACUACACCGUAGGGUAUGCUCCAGCUGCAAGUAGAUUUUUUGGUCAGUUCUUAGCAUUUGUCUGCGUCCAUCAAAUGGGUAUCUCACUGUUCCGAUUCAUUGCUGCUGUUGGGAGAACACAGGUUGUGGCAAACACGUUUGGUUUCUUUGUACUGCUGCUCAUUUAUGUUCUUGGUGGGUUCAUUAUUGCCAAAGAUGACCUUGAACCCUGGAUGAAAUGGGGCUAUUAUGUGUCUCCUAUGAUGUAUGGUCAGAAUGCCAUUGCUAUCAAUGAAUUCCUUGCCCCGAGAUGGAGUGCUCCCAACGUGGACAGAAGAAUUCCUGGGCGUACAGUUGGGAAAGCCCUUCUCAAGGUUAGAAGCAUGUAUACUGAAGAAUAUUGGUACUGGAUUUGUAUUGGUGCUCUUCUAGGCUUUUCUCUGCUUUUCAACAUUUGUUUCAUAAUUGCUUUGACGUUUCUGAAUCCAUAUGGAGAUUCUAAAUCUAUUUUUAUAGAGGAGCAAAUCGAGAAAAAGGGAACUGAAGAAAGGAGUUCCAUUUCAGCCGAAAAAAACAGCCGAGAGAAUUCAACUCCUGAAGAAGACACUUUAACAACCAAGAGGGGAAUGGUGUUACCCUUUAGGCCUCUAUCGAUUGCCUUUGAUCACGUGAAUUACUACAUCAAAAUGCCAACCGAAAUGGAAAAACACGGAAUUGAAGGGAGUCGACUUCAACUACUAAGAGAUGUCAGUGGUGCUUUCAGGCCUGGAGUACUAACGGCAUUAAUAGGUGUAACUGGUGCUGGAAAAACCACAUUGAUGGAUGUUCUAGCUGGAAGAAAAACUGGUGGUUAUAUUGAAGGAAGCAUCAAAAUAUCUGGUUACCCAAAAAAGCAAGCAACUUUUGCUCGGAUUAGUGGAUAUUGUGAGCAGAAUGAUAUCCACUCUCCAAAUAUCACAGUGCACGAAUCUGUUAUGUUUUCUGCUUGGUUGCGUCUUGGCAAGGAGGUCAACAGUAAAACAAGGAAGAUGUUUGUGGAAGAAGUUAUGAACCUUGUUGAGCUACAUCCAGUGAGAAAUUUUCUAGUAGGUCUUCCUGGGAUUGAUGGUUUAUCAACUGAACAAAGAAAGAGACUCACCAUUGCUGUAGAAUUAGUUGCCAAUCCUUCCAUCAUCUUUAUGGACGAGCCAACGUCUGGUCUUGAUGCUAGAGCUGCAGCAAUUGUCAUGCGCACUGUCAGAAAUACAGCGGAUACAGGUAGAACUAUCGUCUGCACAAUUCAUCAACCAAGCAUUGACUUAUUCGAAGCUUUCGAUGAGCUGCUUUUGAUGAAAAGAGGAGGACAACUCAUAUAUAAUGGUCCCUUAGGUCAACAAUCUCAGAAGCUUAUAGAGUACUUUGAGGCUAUUCCUGGAGUUCCUAAAAUUAAAGAAGGUUAUAAUCCUGCAACUUGGGCUUUGGAGAUCAGUUCACCAGCAGUUGAGAGUCAGCUCGGUGUAGACUUUGCAGAACUGUACAAGAAGUCAGAAUUGUAUCAGAGGAAUCGAGAACUUAUUAAAGAGCUAAGCACACCUUCAGAGGGAACAAAAGAGCUUGAUUUCCCUAAUAAAUACUCCCAAUCCUUCGUUACUCAAUGUAUAGCUUGCUUCUGGAAACAGAACUUGUCCUACUGGAGGAAUCCUCAGUAUAAUGCAAUCCGGCUCUUCAUGUCAAUAACUAUAGGUGUUAUUUUUGGACUCGUUUUCUGGAAAAAAGGAAAGAAAAUAGAUACGGAGCAAGAUCUAAUGAAUCUAAUGGGAGCUGUCUUUACUGCUGUUUUCUUCCUUGGAGGGUCCAACACCACUAGCGUGCAACCCAUAGUUGCAAUAGAAAGAACAGUCUUAUACCGUGAAAAGGCAGCUGGAUUGUACUCAUCUCUAACUUAUGCAAUUGGUCAGGUGGCAGUGGAAUGUAUUUAUGUUGGAAUACAGACAUUUACAUUUAGUGUUAUCCUUUUCUCAAUGAUGGGGUUCCUUUGGCAAGUUGAUAAGUUCUUGUGGUUCUACUUCUUUAUGUUCAUUUCGUUUGUCUACUUCACUCUUUAUGGCAUGAUGACUGCAGCUCUAACACCAAACCCUCAAAUUGCUGCAAUUGUUAUGGCCUUCUUUCUAGUGUUUUGGAACGUAUUCUCAGGCUUCAUUAUCCCAAAAUCGAAAAUUCCAAUAUGGUGGAGGUGGUAUUACUGGGGAUGUCCAACUGCAUGGAGUUUAUAUGGCAUAGUGACUUCUCAGGUGGGAGACAAAACUAAUAAUAUUCUGGUACCUGGAUCCAAAUCUGUGUCAGUAAAAGCAUACCUUCGAAAAGAGUUCGAUUAUGACUAUGACUUCCUUGGAAUUGUUGUUGCGGCUCUUAUUGCUUUUGUCACACUGUUUCUUUUUGUUUUUGCAUAUGGUAUCAAGGUUCUUAAUUUCCAGAAGAGAUAAGUAAGUAACACAGAUACUAUAGAUGAACAGAAUAAACACAAACAAAAAGUAAAAGAGUAAGGAAAGACAUUUGAAGGUUUUUUUAAGAAUAGAUAAGUAGCAUUAUGCUUUUCCAUACUGUCAGAAAUUUUCAAUUGUAUGCAGUUAUUGAUCAUUGUUCAAUAUCUGAACCGACAUACCCUUCCCAAGUGUACAAAUGAAAAUGACUGUUGUGUAUAUUAGCAGUGGAGCUUAUGGACUAUUUUUAUAGUGAA